UAAAGAGAGCGCCCGGCUUGCCUGCUUUUCCUGUGCAGCUCCAACAAGUCCGCCGCACGCACUGUGCAGCGCUGUACCCGGGAUGAGCCCGGAGUAACUGGCAUGGCGCGUAUGAAGGGGAAGGUCUACGUACUGGUCGUGUGUGUUGGCGUUGUGCUCCAACACACGGGACCGGAGUGUGUGUGGCGAUGUUUGUGUCGGAGGGAGACACAGUAAUAUCGUACACUACCACGGGGUUUCCAUGUUUGUCAAACAACCAGCUUCGGCAGCUCGCUUCUUUUAAAGGGGCGUGUUCUCGCUAUCUUGAUUGAAAGCGCCGCUUUCCCUUAGCUAUCGCUGGGGAAAAAAUCCUUUCGUAGCCAGACCAGGGUAUCUACCUUCUCGUGUUUCUCUCAAAUAAACCUUGGCACUACACUUGCCUGUUCUCCCUUAAUUCUACUGGAAAACGUUCAGUCGUGGCCAUGAUGGAGGGUUGAAGCUGGGAAAAGGACGUUUGCACACCGAAAUUUGCCGGCUUUUUCGGCCGAAGCACCCAGAGCGACGGCUCCGCUCUCCUUGGCUGUUUUUUAGCUGCUCUUGCUGUCGAGUUGCCUUUUGAAAAACAAGGGAGGUAGUGCGGGGGGCAGAUGAGGAAGCCGCGGAGGCGGGGGCGCCAGGCUGGGGGGGUGGCGGCGGCAGCAGUGGGCGGCGGCCUGGGCCCGCGCUCGCCCUCCCCCUACAGCCUCAAGGUGUCGCCGGCGCGGGAGACGCUGACCUACGCCCAGGCGCAGAAGAUGGUGGAGGUGGACCUGGAUGGCCGGCUGCACCGCAUCAGCAUCUUCGACCCGCUCACGGUCAUCACCGAGGACGAGAUGACGGCGCAGGACAUCGCCGAGUGCAACAGCAACAAGGAGAACAGCGAGCAGCCCCUGUUCCCCAGCUCCAAGCCUGGCAGGAAGCCCCCUGCCACCAAAGGGAAGAAGAAGGACACCGCCAAGCAUUCCUCCUCCUCCUCCUCACACGUAGGAGGAGGGCAGCACAACCAGCACCCUCCAUACCACCAUCACCCCAACUCCCACACGCCGCAUCACGCUCUCCCCAAGCCCACCUUCCACAUCCUGGACUCCUACGCGCCCUCCGAGGCCCCGCCCCUCCCGGCCGCCUACUACCGCUACAUGGAGAAGUCCGCCGAGGAGCUGGACGCGGAGGCCGAGUACGACAUGGACGAGGAGGACUUCGCCUGGCUGGAGAUGGUCAACGAGAAGCGGGUGUCGGACGGGCAGGCCUCGGUCUCGCCCGACGCCUUCGAGCUGCUGAUGGACCGGCUGGAGAAGGAGUCCUUCCUGGAGAGCCGAAGCCAGGGCCCCUCGCAGUCGGCCAUCGACGAGGACGCCUUCUGCUGCGUCUGCCUGGACGACGAGUGCCUCAACAGCAACGUCAUCCUCUUCUGCGACAUCUGCAACCUGGCCGUGCACCAGGAGUGCUACGGCGUGCCCUACAUCCCAGAAGGCCAGUGGCUGUGCCGCUGCUGCCUGCAGUCGCCCUCCCGCCCUGUGGACUGUGUUCUGUGCCCCAACAAGGGAGGCGCCUUCAAACAAACCAGCGAUGGGCGCUGGGCCCAUGUGGUGUGUGCCAUCUGGAUCCCAGAGGUCUGCUUCGCCAACACAGUGUUCCUGGAGCCCGUGGAAGGGGUGGAAAACAUCCCCCCGGCCCGCUGGAAGCUGACCUGCUACAUCUGCAAGCAGAAGGGGCAGGGCGCCUCCAUCCAGUGCCACAAGGCCAACUGCUACACGGCCUUCCACGUCACCUGCGCCCAGCGCGCGGGCCUCUUCAUGAAGAUCGACCCCGUGCGGGAGACCAACGUGAACGGCACCACCUUCUCGGUGAAGAAGACGGCCUUCUGCGAGGCCCACUCGCCGCCGGGCGCCACCCGGAAGAGCAGCCGGCUGGUGGGGGGCUGCAACUCCCACCUGGGCGAGAUCGGGGAGGGGGAGGAGGUGGACGAGGAGAGGGCUCGGGACCGAGGGGCGGGACGGGGGCGCGCUUCCUCUUUGACCCAGCAGCACAAGCGCGGGGCGAAGAAGGGCUCGAAGCUGAAGAGGAAGGUGAGGAAGAGUCUGGAGGUGGUGUCUCGGCGCUCCACCGUGCCCAUGGUGAUGGUACCGCAGAUCCCCUCCCACAGGUUGAAUAAGAUCUGCACGGGGGUCCCGGUCCAGAGGAAGAACCAGUUCAUGCAGCGGCUCCACAAUUACUGGCUGCUGAAGCGCCAGUCCAGGAACGGGGUGCCCCUGAUCCGCCGACUGCACUCACACCUGCAAGCCCAGAGGGGUGCCGAGCAGACGGAGUCGGACGAGAAGGUGAGCGCAGUGAAGGAGGAGCUGAAGUACUGGCAGAAACUGAGACAUGACCUGGAGAGGGCCAGGCUGCUGGUGGAGCUGAUCCGCAAGAGGGAGAAGCUGAAGAGGGAGCAGGUGAAGGUGCACCAGGCUGCGAUGGAGCUCCAGCUGACCCCGUUCCUGGUUCUCCUGCGCUCCACACUGGACCAGCUGCAGGAGAAGGACGCCGCGCAGAUUUUUGCUGAACCCGUCAACCUCAAAGAGGUUCCGGACUAUCUGGAGUUCAUUUCCCAGCCCAUGGACUUCUCCACCAUGCGCUCCAAAGUGGAGGCUCACGGCUACUGCAGCCUGGCCGACUUCGAGGGCGACUUCAACCUCAUGGUGAGCAACUGCCUGAAGUAUAACGCCAAAGACACCGUGUUCCACCGGGCCGCGGUGCGCCUGCGCGACCUGGGGGGCGCCAUCCUGCGGCACACGCAGCGUCAGGCCCAGAGCAUCGGCUUCGACUCCGAGACCGGCAUGCACCUGCCCGACUCGCCCAAGACACAGGACUUCUACCGCUGCUCCUGGGAGGAUGUGGACAACAUCCUGCUCCCAGAGAACCGCCUGCACAUGUCGCCUGAGGACCAGCUGAAGGAGCUGCUGGACAAGCUGGACAUGGUGACCAGCAUGCGGUCCAGCGGGGCCCGCACGCGCCGGAUCCGCCUGCUGCGCCGCGAGAUCAACAGCAUCCGCUACAAGCUGGGCCAGCAGCAGCGGCUCCUGCUGAACGGGGACCACACCAAGCCUGCCCCCGAGGAAGGGGAGGACAGGGAGGCGCCGGGCGAGCGCGUGGGCAGCCCCCCCCCGACUCCGGAGAAAGAAUCCUCGAAGUCCACCCCUCCUCCAACGCUAGAGCCCACUGGCCCUGCCCCCUCCCCGACUGACAGCGACGCCCCCCAGGACCCCCCCACACUGCGACCCGUGGGCAGCGAGAUCAGGACCCCGGGCCGUCCGCACAAGCGCCUGAAGUCGGACAGCGACGUGCCAACCAGCAGGCGGACGGGGGGCGGCCCCGCCGGGGGCAUCCAGCGGCUGCUCAGCGACAGCGGCCUGAACGGGCUCAGCCUCGGGGUCCCCCCGGACCUGCCCAGCCCCUCCGCGCCCGCCGUCGGCCGCCGCACCUCCGUCCUCUUCAAAAAAGCCAAGAACGGCGCCAAGAUUCCCAAAGGGGCCGACAGCCCCCUGCGGAACGGUGGGGAGGAGAUGCACAGCACGCCCCUCACUCCCACUCCUGCCUCCGACGCCCCGUCGCCCUCCCUCAGCCCCUCAGAGCGCACCCCUCGCCGGCGGCCCUGCAGCCUCAGCGGGAGCUCCGACAGCGAGGGGGAGAAAUCGCCGCGGCCCGCCCCCGAGGGAGGGCUGACGAACGGCUUUGGAAAACAUGGUGAGAGCGGCUCCGACUCGGAGUGUGGAUCCCUGCAGGCUGGCACUGUGCCCAUCAACAGAGAGAGCGCCGUGUCCCCGCCCAAACGCAGCCGAGGAAAACCUGCUCUCUCCCGGGUCCCCUUCCUGGAAGGCGUGAACGGAGACUCGGACUACACUGGCGCAGGCAGGAGUCUGCUGAUGCCGUUCGAGAGCAGCGCGGAGCUGGAACCCCUGGAUCUGGUGUGGGCCAAGUGCCGGGGAUACCCCUCCUACCCUGCCCUGAUCAUCGACCCCGACAUGCCGCGCGAGGGCCUGCUGCACAACGGCGUGCCCAUCCCUGUGCCGCCGCUGGACGUGCUGAGGCUGGGAGCACAGCGGCAGGAGGAGGCCGGGGAGAAGCUCUUCCUCGUCCUCUUCUUCGACAACAAGAGGACCUGGGGGCAGCAGACGAGCAUCCGCAAGUCUGUCCAGGUGGCCUACGACCGGGCCAUGAUCCACCUGAGCCGAGUCAGGGGCGACCACGGCUUUGUCACCUCCAGCUACCUGUAGACUGUGGGGAGAAAGCAGCCAUUCGCCCAGCUAGUGCUGGACAGGGGGAGGGGCGAGGGGCGAGGGGCGUGGCUUUGUCCAGCUGCUUGGACAGGGAGUAAAGAGGUGAGUGUUUGGGUAGAGGGGUUAGACGCUCAGCCUUGUCUUUCUCAUCGGCCAGAAUAGUUUGACUCUCACGAAGGCCAGGAGGGUACGCUGAGGAGAGAGGAGAAAGACAGCAGAGUCUUGGUGCUGUUGGAAAAGCACAGAAGAGCCGGGUCCUAAAACAAGGACAACCAAAACUUCAGAACAACGGAAAACUGUUUAAUGAGGAUGACAAAAUUCACUAUGUUUUUUUUUUUGGCAAAUUCAUUUUUUUCAUAUUUAUAAAAAAAGCAAAAAGUUACAAAAAUAAAAGGAUCACUGCCAUUUUCUUACGAUAGCUUUUUACUUUUUAAUAUUUUAUGAAACCACUUCUUGUACAUUAAAUACGCACACCUUACAUAUAUAAAUGUAUAUCAUACCCUUAUAUUUUAUUUUUUGCAUUUGUAUUGAGUUAACCGAGGGCACUACGGGGAAGAAAAAUGAUGUAAAUAAUUGUAAGAUACUGUUAUAAAUUAUUGGCUGGCUUCAAAGUUCAUUUAGCUUCUCUGUGGUGUUAAUGGUUAUAUAUAAAUAUAUAUAUAUUUUCUUUGUGUUUUAAUACACAAAAUAAUUUAUUUAAGGAAAAAAGUUGACAAUUGAAAGUAAAUAGUUCAGUUAUUUAAAAUGGGGAAAAAAUAAUUUAAAAGAAGCAGUGGACUUUGUGACCUAUGUAUAACGUUGUAAUAAUAUCAAAGUUUUAAAACACUUUUAUUACAUUUUAUGAUUUGUAAUUUCCUCAAGCUGUGGCCAACGGGCUGAAAUGUUGCUGUAAGUCCGCUGUUAAGCACAGAAUGUUGUAUUUAUUGUAGAAAGUCUUUAUUCGCUUUCUAGAUCUGUUUAUAAGAUGGCUAUGAGAGAGAUUCUACGCUUGUACAUAAUGCAGAUUUUACCUACUAUAACCUGAUUGUCUGAAGCUAUAUUUUCUCUCUUGAGAAAUAAAUGUUCUAAUCUAAAUAGA